AUUACUGACAUAAGAGCCGAAGCUAGAGAAAAAAUAGUUAGUGUCGAUUUAAUGGUUGAAUACAUACCUCGAGAAGGACAUUCUGGUAGUUUGCACGUUUCAAUUGGACGGCUAGUCGACGAAAUAAUCUUGUCUAGUGUCGUUGGCAUGAUCGACGCACCGCUUUUACACAUUACAGCUCUGAUUUCAUGGCACAGAUCAACUCAGGAAUUACUUCGGAGAGAGGAAGUUUCAGCCAGUUCAUCAUUACCAGUAAAAUCUCAGUUAUCUACUCCAUCACCUAUCGAGGAUCACUCUGAUAAGGAGGAAGAUAUUACUCCUAAUUGCUUACCCGAACUAGAACAUAUCUUGACAAGAUCUGAAUCUAAAACAUCUGUAACCUCUUUGCCACGAGAAUUAUCGAUGACGAUUCAGCUGAGACCCUAG